CGUUCCGACGUAUUAUGAGAAAAAAAUAGGAUAGAACGUUACAAAAUUACAUAUAAAAGUAUAUUGUGUAUCAUACGAAAUACAAGUACGAGUAUCAGUGUAACAUUGCUUGUUUAAGUCUAGAAAAACAACACUCAGUUUAGGUAACCAACAUUAAAAUGAGGUAUAAUGUAUUGAUAGUUCUGUUGAUAUUUCAACAGGUUUGCUUCGUCAAAGCGCAGACCUGUAAGACAAAGGCGAAUAUGGCUCGUGAAAACGCGGCAAUUUGUGAUAGCCUUGGAUUAACCUCAAUCCCUUCGUUACAAAGUUUUGGUGCAACGCCAAUCAAGUAUUUAUCCAUCACGGGAGACGCUAAGAACUUGAACAACAUCCCGAGGAUAGGCAGGAAUGAUUUCCAAGGAGCCUCUGCUGUAACCAGUUUAGCGAUAUCGUGGAGUCAGAUCCGGUCACUCGAAGACGAAGCGUUCGCGGAAAUGCCUGGUUUGAAAACACUGGUUCUCUCUGACAAUGAGCUGCAGAGUCUUUCCGCCGCUACCUUCUCUGGUAUACUGAAUUUAAGAGAAUUGGAUCUAUCAGGAAACAAACACUGCACAUUUGACGAGACUGUGUUCGAACACAUUCCCAACAUAACCGUUCUUGUUAUGGGCGACAUGAACCUUCAAACGCUGAAGGCAACCUUCUUCGACAGUCUUGAGUCACUACGUGUUCUUAAACUAUAUUCAAACAACAUCAAAACCGUUCCGGAAAACCUCAUUGUAAAUCUGGCCAGCUUGGAAUCACUGGAUCUUUCAUCAAAUCAACUGCAAACCGUUCCUGUACAGUGGAAACCGAAGUUAUUAACGAUGACACAGGUUCAUUUGGCAGAAAACCCUCUGCAAUGUAACUGUUUGUUGUCAUGGUUGCGAGAAAUGCCUAGUCACUUUGUACACAGCGCACUUGAUUCGAGUUCGGUAGUUUGUAAUGGUCCACAGAAGUUGCGCUACGCUUCCUUUGUUAAUGUUCCCGACAAAGACUUUCUCUGUAUUCCUCCAAAGGUUCUGCGCUGCGAGCAAACCAUAUAUUCCGUUGACAUCAAUCAGCCACUAUCAAUCUCCUGCGAGUACGACGGUGAUCCUGUACCGGAAAUCAAGUGGACGAGACCGGAUGGACAUGAGUAUAACGGUCGAAACACAUCGGAAGGAGCGUAUGAAGUGACACAGAAUGGAACUCUUAUAGUGAACGGAGUAACGAUGAGUGACUAUGGCGAUUGGAAAGUAAUGGCUUACAACAAAACAGCGUCUGAUGAGAUGUCAAUUACCGUGCACGUUAUCACCACGACAACCUCGACAUCGACAACGACAACUACGACAACGACAACUACGACCACAACACCAAAACCGACAACAACCCUGCUCACAACACCAACAACAAAACCUCAAACAGCAAAGACGCAAACCUUAACAUCAACAACUACCUCCGCACUUCCCAAACUCACAACGGCCGUACAACUAAUGACAACGCAAGCGCAAACCCUCUCAGUGGCGACGGAUGCGACGAAACCUGUUGAAGCAAAACGCGAGAAAGAGAAGGAGACUGUGAACUGGAUACUGCUGGUGGCGGCGGCGGCGGCAGGAGGAACGGUGGUUGGAGUCAUCUGCACCAUAAUCAUGUGCUGCAAAAAGAAACACGAGGCCAACGAAAGAAAUCAAGUGGAACCAUUUGAAUUGGAAAUUUAUUAGAAAAUAAUAACUUUUUGUUUUAAAAAAUGAUUAGAAUUCGCAGUGACUGCAAAACUCAAAGAAUUUUGUUUAAUUUUAUGGGAUAAAGUGAUAUCUACGUUAUGACUAUGUUUAAUCAUGCAUGGUUUUGCUAUUAAAAGAUAUUGCGAAGCUGCACAGUACAAGCUAUCCAGAACGGAAGCAUAACAAGAAUUUUGUGCUACUAACUUUGUGAAGACGUUUCAACAUUAGAUGAACACGUUAAACGUUAAUGCAAAAAAUAAAGUGUCAUCAAGCAUUAAUUAAAGCAAAUGUUGUAAAGGACAGGCCCAAGGCCCAUAUCGUUCGGCGAAUGUAGCAAUUAGAACAGUAAAAUUUGGAAUAUGGACAAGUUGUCUUUUAUCGAUAUAAAAAUAUUAAAAAAUUAAUAAAAUAUUUAUCACAUUUCAGUUAUUAAGUGACCAUAAUGAAACAAAUGCCGAAUGAACAUUGGCUUCAUUUUACAAAACUAACAUAGUUAUUUGUUUCAGAUAAUUCUUCUGUAAUUAUUUUGCCUCUCUAAACACGAUGUCUUAUUGUUAGGAAAAACUAAUUAUAUAUAAAUAAAAAGAAAAACAUUAAUUAAUUAAGAAGCGUAUUAUAAGUUUUGAACACGUUCUACAAUUUUUAUGUUUAAUAAGUUCACUUGCAACUUUUGAAGUAGCAUAAUUUGUUGGUGAUCUUGUUACUUUAGUUGACAUUUUUGUACUUGCUUGCUAAUUUAUAGUAUAUUUACUCCAUCUUAUUUAUUUGUUUUUACUAUUUAUUUGAUUUGUUAUACUUCGUAAACGCAUGUGUGUUAAUUGUUGAUGUACUUCUAUUUUAUUCGUUCGAAAUUACUUAAUUAACGUCACAGAAACUUUUUUAAUGUUUUUACGCUUGAAAGAAAUUAAAGCCGCCAAACAUAUUCACUUGAUUAUGACAGUUUUAAAUGAAACACGAAAGAAACAUAUGAGCCGUGCUUUGUGAAAAGAGGGUUUAAUGCAUGUGCGUAAAGUGUCGUCCCAGACCUAUGCAGUCCGCACAGGCUAAUCAGAGCCGAAAUUUUCCGCCUAAACUGAAUUUUUGCUAAUUAGAGACUUUCUUUAAACAGAAAUAUCAUAAAAGCAGAAAGUGUGGUCCCUUAUUAGCAUGUGCGGACUGCACAGGCUAAUCUGGGACGACACUUUACGCACAUGCAGUUAACCCCCUUUUCACAGAGAACGGCUCAUAUAAUUUCUAUCAUCAAGCCUCUGGCAUCGGUUAAUUAAUUCAGGCUGUUCUGAUAUCAGUAUAACGCAACCUAAUUUUUGAAAUCAUAUGAAAUUAAUGCAAUUUGGCGAUUCUUAUUAUUUAUUUUCAAUAUUUUUUCUUACAAAGUAUCUUGUGGUAAUCUGAUAUACAUCGAAUGAAAUUACCUUUCAUUCGUAAUUUGAUAAAAUAGUUACAAAACAAACGUCGAUUUUUUCUCAACAAAACCAUUAAAAAAAACUGUCAACUGAAAGAACAGCACAGAGAAUAAGACAUUUUCGCCUUUUGCAUUUAAUAAUUAAACGCAAACUAAGGUAACUUUCUUUAUAAUAGUUUACGUCUAAAUUUAACCCAAGAAGCACCGUUUAAAGUUGGUGAACAUCGGGCCUUUCAUACUAUACCCGCUCUUCGUUAGUGGUAUAAGUAGACUGAAAUAGACUUCGUAAAUAGAGCCAACUGCAAUUAAAACUACAUUAUCAAAGUAUUUCUCGACCGAGUGUUAUGUGAGUGACUGUUCCAUUCUCAUUAUCUCUUCCAAUUGCUUAUAAAUGUUUACACAGAAAUUUAGCUUCUAUAAAUGUGUACUUGCUCUUUUUGAGUGCUUAAAUACUUGAAUGAUUUCGCUAAACGAUUGCUUAAAGAAACGUACAAUUUGGAAGUAAUAGACGCCGAUAAAUGCAUCGAACGCUGUAGGAACACAGAUAUUCUAUCGCCCUUUCCAAUGGAAUCUCACACAUUUUAUUUUUAAGAGGCAAGAUAGAUCUCCAUCAAUCAUUAAAAUACUAGAUAUGUUGAAACUGAAUUAUUGAACUGCUUAAAUAUUUUUUUAUUAAUAUGUUAUUUUGCUUUACAUUAAGUACAUAUAAAAACAAAUGAAAUGAAGCUUGUAAUCCUAUCGAAAAGUUAUAAAUGUUGAGAAAAUAUCUAAUAAUUGAUCAAAACUGUUGAGACAAUAUUUGUAUGUAAAUAACAUCUUCCUUAUUUGCGUUCUAUUAUAUAGUAUUUUUUUCCAAUAUAGUUCACAUGUUUAUUUCUGGUACAUAGAUGUGAAGCGAUUGUUGGGACACAUGCUAAGCACUAUAAUUAGACAUUUUUAUAUUUUUGUAAUUCAGUAUUUUACAAUAACAGAUGAUAGCAUGCCCUUUAAAGACAGCGUAUUUCAGAAGUUAAAAAAUAUGUUUAGGUAAAUGCAGGUGUCCUUAGUAUAUGGUCGGUAGUAAAUAUAUAUUUAUCAUCAUUACGUGUAUUUUAUUAUGCUUCCGUUUUGCUCGCCGAUAUAAUGUAAACGUAUCAUAUAAUUGUUUGUUGUUGCAAUUUGUGUUAGUUAACAUAACAGGUGACCUCAUUAGUACUAAAAUAUUAUAAUACGAUAUAUACGUAUAAUAGAAUAAUUCAUUCAUUAUCCCGCAGGUUUAUGCAUCUUUGAUUUUUUUUUAAUAAGUUUUGUUGAAGUAUGUUAGAAAUUAUAUAUACAUCACUACAAUAGAGAGGUGUGAAGUUUUUAAGUAUCUAGCCCUCAACGAAGUGACUCGUACACCGAGUGUGACGUGGCUGACUUAAAAUAUAUUAAAAUAUCAUUAAUAUAGGCAUACAUUCUCUUUUUUUUAGAAUUUAUUGGAGUUUACGUCGAAACUAGUUAAAAAAAUUCAUGACUUUAUUUACCAUACUAAGCACAUCUUUGAUUCUGUAGAAAAUAACUAAAUGGUAAAUUAUUCAACAGUUUAUUUUAAUGUUCAGUGAUUUGAAUUCUAUUUUCCAAUAUACUUAACUAGCACCCUUAAAUGUGUAAUUUUGAAAUGCCUUCUGUUAAAUGUUGGUUUUAAGAUUUAUAUAAGUUUUUGUUUUUUUUUAUUAUUGAUCUUAUAAGCGUUUGCUAUGCACGGGUGCAAAUAAUUGUUGACCAGUAUUAAUGCUGCUUUUUACAUAAGUUAUUAUUACAGUGUGUUUUAGUUAAUUCAACAAAACAUGCGUAAAUAAAGGUAUAUUAAUUAAGUUCAUAUUGAAAGAAGUAAAGUGUUUUAUUAUACAAUAAUCAGGUGUUAAUUGUCAGGAAAAGAUACUAGAAUUGGCAUGUAAAUAAUAGACUUUUGCUUUUUGACUUGCUCAUACACUGUGCUAUUUACUAAUAUGUUACCUGUCUUAAUUAAAAAAUACUUUUUUUGAAAGGCGAAAGAUAUUGAUUAUCGGUUGUAUCGCCAUUGUUUGUUCUGUAUCUCAUGUUAUCGAAAUAUUCUUGUUAAUCUGUUUACG